AAGUUGGCUGUUACUUGCUACAACAUAAGAAAACACUGAUUAUACAUACGCGACCUAGUGUUGAAAAAGGUUUACAUCUAAAACAAACAAAAAUGUACUUUAAUGAACUGUUCUCAAUGUACUACAACAUGAACUCCGCCCACCCUAGCCGAGUUAUAUAAAUGCUGUGUACGAAUUACUAAUGGCCACAUGAUAAGCCUAGUAAACAACUCUUGACCCAGUGUAUAUAAAGCGUGGAGAGAAACGUGAGCUGAUACAAUUAGUUUGUUCAGUGAGCAAUAAAUAUUUACAAAGUCUUAUCUGGCCAGUACUUUAAACAGUUACUGAUGAAAGAGUUUGGAGAAGGAGACCCUAUUUUACAGGUAUAUAUUGUAGAGACAGAUGGCUUCCCAUUCUCCACUGAAGAUAGCGCUAAUCGUGCUCACCCUGCUAGCCUUUGCUGUCGUGGCGGCCAUUAAUGCGCUAGCAGCAACCAGUAAUGGCGAAGGUAUUUUCUUGAACAACACAGGCUCUAUAUCCGACUUAUUUUACCUAGAAGUAACGCCCGCCGGAUGGACAUUCAGCAUCUGGGGUUUUAUUUAUACCUGGCAAGCCCUUUGGAUUAUUUACGCCCUCACAACAGUGUGUCGUCGGAAAGUUGGAACGUACUUGUAUCUGAUGCCCGUUUAUCCAACAGCUUUGUUUGCAUCGUAUAUAAUAAAUAAUAUUUUAAAUGUUGCGUGGUUGUUUGCCUGGGACAGAAUGAAGAUUGCCGUCGCCCUGCCAAUUCUCGCACUUCAGCCAUUUACGUUGUACAUCUGCCUUUUCUUUUCCUUUAAAACACUGUACAACAACUUGGAUUUCCUUACGAGGAACGGACUGAAUGUUGACAUUUGGCUUAUUCGUUUACUGAUUCAAAAUGGAAUUGCUUUUUAUGCUGCUUGGGUUACUGUGGCAACAUUGCUGAAUUUAGGCGUUGUUUUAACGUAUAAAGACGGAAGUGACGUCACUGAUACCUUUCUGGCACAAGACAUUUCGAGCACCAUAAUUCUUGCAAUUGUAUCCGUAGAAAUCCUGCUUUGGUUUAGCUUCGAUUUGACAAUAUUGGACAAGUACACGCGUUAUACUUUCUCGCCGUAUAUUACAUUAACAGUUGCCUUAGCUGGAAUUGUGCAAAAGAACUUUAACCUUGACACAGCCUACAGAAACUCUGUUUUCAGUGUAGUCCUUUUGACUGUUGCCGCCAUUUGCCUGGUUGUCAAGCUUACCGUGAUGCUAUGGAGACAUUUUAAGAGACCUAUUCAACCAUUACUGUCAGACUUUAAGCCAACUAUAUGAAAGCUCUAAGACAGUUUACAUGAUUAAUGACACCGUCUAUGAUUGAUAGAUAAAUGGUAUAUGGCGUGACCACCGACGUAAAAUUCCAUCGUUGACGAAUCUAGUGUUACACGUUCAUUCGUCAAGCAUUAUAGCUAUUCUUGUUUAUUAAAGAGCAUACUGACUCAACACUUGGUCUUUCAAAGACCCAGUCCGAAAAUACCGCCUCAAUUUCAAAUGGCUAACGCAUGAAAUAGGAUCCUUGCAUAACAUAAUAUAAAAUUAAUCUGUCUCCUAAACUCAAUACCCGAUUGAGUAAUUAUUUUAAUAUUUCAAGUUAUAUUCUAUAGGAAGGAUGCCAGACUUAACCACGAAAAUAUCAAAUACCAGUUUUGCCGAAAAAUAUAUCGAUACAGAAAAUCGUGCGCGGGACUGGGUGCAAACGGUGACAAUCUUGAAAAUGUGACGUUACUUGACUGAACAAUUUGGUAAUAAGUUGAACAAUCAAUUUCAUAAUGUAUCUUUUGUUUUAACAAAUUGUAUAUGAUUAUAAUAUUCAUGUACAUAUGUAAAUAAAAUCAUUCAUUCUU